AUGGCCGACGACGACCUCGACGCGCAGCUCGCCGCCCUGCAGGCCAAGAUCGCAGCGCGAGACGCCAAGGCCGCGCGCGAGAAGCAGCGGCAGGAAGCAGAGGAGGCCAAGAUCCUCGUCGGCGCGACGCCGCCAAAGCGGACACCGCGCACGCAGACCGCUCCUCCGCCAGAAGCGCCUCCGCAGCCGUCGUUCGUGCGCGCGUCGGCGCUGCCGCGGACCGCGGCCGCAUCGUCGUCUUCAUCAUCUCGCCGAGAUGAGCCGCCGCCCCUGCCGCCAUCACAGCCUGCGCCGUCGUCGCUGGCCGAGCGGCUGGCCGCGCGGCGCAACAGGGCGCCGAAGCAGGUCCUCCCGACACUUGAACGCACCGCGACCUUUCGCGACAACAUUGCGAGGGCCAAGGCGGUGGCCAUGAAGGAUACUGGAGAUAAAAGUCGGAGCAAGGUCGACGACGACGACGACGACGACGAGCUCUCCGUCGUCCGCACUGGCGCCGAGCGCGAAGCCGACCUCACCGUCUCGACGGAGCUGCAGCUCGGCCCAGGCGAGUUUGGUCUCGACCCCGAGGGCGAGGACGAGUGGCGCGCGCUCGAGCCCAACUCUGGCAUCCGGCUGUCCUCGCGCAAGAUCACGCACGCCGAGGUCCAGGACAGCUUGUACGGCCGGUACUACCUCCGCCCGAGCGAGCUGUACUCUGUCAUCCGGCUGAGCGCCGACGGCGCGACGUACGACGUGCCGGUUGACGGCGACUGGGUCACCAUUGCGGUCGUGGCUGAGCGGGGCGACAUCAAGGUCAGCGGGAUGAAGGAGGAGAAGGAGGACGGGGUGGAUGAUGGCGUCGACCGGAGCGGCAGCGGCAAGGGCAAGGGCAAGGGAAAGGAGAAGGCGCCGGAGAAGCGCAAGCGCACGCCGAAAAAGUACGUCGCGCUCAAGCUCGUCUCUCUCCCGCCGCGGAGUAAGACCCUCGGCGGGAAGGCGCCCGGCGGCGACGCGCACCUCAAGCUCCUCCUCUUCCAGGCCGACGACAGCCUCCACCACACCGACGAAGAGGGCAACGUGACCAAGUCGUACCGCGGUGGAUCGGGCGGCGCGUACGAGCGCUGGUCUAGCCUGCCUGUCGGCGCGGUGAUCGCGCUCAUUAACCCUCGGGUACUGCGGCCUCUCGAGCACCGGGGCCGCGGCGCACCACACCCCCUCACUCUACCCCUCGCGCUCAACCCUUUCUCGGCCGACUCGAUCGUCGUCAUCGGCCAGGCUAUGGACAUGGGUCGCUGCACUGCGUUCAAGGCCGACGGACAGCGGUGCAAGGACUGGGUCGACACGCGUACUGGCGCCGUGUGCGAGUAUCACGUUCAUGCGGCUAUCACGCGCGGUCGCUCGUCCCGAGCAGAGUUUGCGAGCGCGACGUCGUCCAUGGCGCUUACGACGUUCACGCCCAAGCAGAUCGCUGCCGGCGCAGCGGACAAGUUUGACCCGAGGCGCAAGACGGGCUUGCUUCCGCGCAGCGGCGCCAUGGCCGCGCCCCGCGGACCGGACAACGGCGGCGGCGGGGCGACGUACAUGGUCGGCGGCCGCGUCACGCGCACCGGCACUACGCCGGGCGCGAUCCCGUCCUUUGGCGACUCGCACCUGUCUGAGAGGCUGGGCCGCUCGCAGGCGGAGAGGCGGAAGCGCAAGGUCGAGGAGGCCGAGGCCGAGGCGGCCCUCGAGCGCCUGUUCAAGCGGCAGGGAGGCGACGCGGGCGUCGCGACAGACUACCUCGCGUCCAUUGGCGUCGGGAAGAAGAAGGAGCCGCCGGCGGACGCGAAGCGCACGUUCUCGGCACAGGCGAUCAAGCGGAUCGGCUUUGAUCCCUCCGGCCGGCGCGACGAGAACGCGUCCAAGCGGAGCGAGGCGAUUGAGAAGCUCCUCGCGCCGAGCGGCACGCCGAACCUCGGCCCACCGAGAGGCCCGAAGCGGCUGAGUAACGUCGUCGUGCCGGCGCAUGCUGUGCGCGGGAGCGAGGCGACCAAGGAGGAGGAGGAGGUCAUGGUAGACCUGGAGUAG